CGACAAGAGUGCAAUUGAAUUUACUGUGCUGGCGAGUUAAACACAAAUAGUUAAAUAUUAGAUAAAAUGACAUCAGUGAUAAACAUUCUAUUUAUUUUUAAGCUUUGUGCUCAAGUGACGUCAACUUCGGUUAUUAAAGUAGGCGCACUUUUUCCAAGGGCAUCUGAACAGCAGAGCAACCCGGAAGUUGCCUUUCAAUAUGCCGUUCAUCGACUGAAUCAAGACAAAAGUCUUUUACCCGAUGCAGACCUGGUUCACCACAUCAAAUAUAUGGACAGCGAUUCUUUUCAGGCGGUCCAAAAAGUGUGCAGUCUAAUCGAAGGCGGUGCUCAGGCAAUAUUUAGUCCAACCGACUCGGUUUUGGCCACCCACAUUAAUUCCAUAUGCGAUGAUCUCGAUAUACCAGAUAUAGGAAUCGGUCGAUCCACUCAAGAAUUCUCAAUAAAUGUUCACCCAUCGCAGCAGUACAUAAAUCGUGCAUUCAUCGAUGUUAUACAAUAUCUAAACUGGACAAGGUUUGGCAUUCUAUAUGAAAAAGAUCAUGGCAUAUUGACAUUGAAUCAAUUUUCACGCUCAAUUCAGGCUGAAGUGCAUAUACGACAAGUAGCGCCAUUAUCCUACCUAUCCGUACUAAAUGAGUUUAAAAAUAAAGAAAUUCACAAUAUCUUAAUUGACACGAACUCGGCUGGAAUUUCAGUUCUACUAAAAAAUAUUCUUCAGCAACAAAUGAAUGAGUAUAAAUACCAUUAUUUGUUCACCAGCUUCGAUUUGGAAACAUUCGAUCUGGAAGAUUUUAAAUACAACUUUGUGAAUAUAACAUCAUUCCGUCUUGUGGAUUUGGGCGAUGUAGCCGUUAAGGAAAUUCUAAAGGAUAUUGAAUCCUAUGAUCGUCUGAUUUUGAACCGAAACCAAUCCAUAUAUAGCUUAAAGAAAUCCGUUAGCAUUGAGACAGAGGCCGCUUUGAUGUUUGACUCGGUAUAUGUAUUUGCCAUUGGUCUGCAAUCAAUAUAUCCCUUGAUUCAUCUAACCAACUUGACCUGCAACGAUGAAAUCCCAUGGAAUGGCGGCCUGAGUCUGAUCAACUAUAUAAAUGCGGUUGAAUGGAAAGGAUUAACUGGACCUAUACAAUUUAAAGAAGGGCAAAGAGUUCAAUUUAAGCUCGACUUGAUCAAACUAAAACAACACUCGAUUGUCAAAGUCGGAGAAUGGACACCUCAAGAUCAUCUGAAUAUAACGGAGCCAUCAUUAUUCUUUGAUUCUGGUUCCAUGAAUGUGACUUUAGUUGUAAUCACAAUACUGGAAACUCCAUACGUAAUGAUGCGUUAUGGCAAAAAUUAUACGGGAAAUGAACGCUUUUAUGGCUUCUGUGUGGAUAUAUUGGAAACCAUAUCGCAUGAGGUGGGAUUCGACUAUAUAUUGGAUUUAGUGCCAGAUAGAAAGUAUGGUGCCAAAGAUCCAGAAACAGGUCAAUGGAAUGGAAUGGUUGCUCAGCUAAUGAAAUAUAAAGCAGACUUGGCCGUUGGAUCUAUGACAAUAACCUAUGCGAGAGAGAGUGUUAUAGAUUUCACUAAACCAUUCAUGAAUCUGGGCAUUAGCAUAUUAUUUAAGGUGCCAACAACGGAACCAACUCGACUAUUUUCAUUCAUGAAUCCACUGGCGAUUGAAAUAUGGAUUUACGUACUAGCGGCAUAUUUACUCGUAUCGAUUACCAUAUAUAUAGUGGCCAAAUUAUCGCCGAUCGAAUGGAGGAGUAUUCAUCCGUGUGAUGUGGAGCACGUGACGAUAAGCAAUCAAUUCACAAUAUCGGACAGUUUUUGGUUUACUCUUGCGACGCUAAUGCAACAAGGAUCGGAUAUAUAUCCAAGGGCUGUGUCCACACGAAUUAUUAGCAGUAUUUGGGGAUUUUUUUCUCUCAUUAUUGUUGCAUCGUAUACGGCGAAUUUGGCCGCAUUUUUAACUGUCGAACGCAUGAUUAAUCCCAUUGAAAAUGCUGAAGAUUUGGCCAGCCAAACGGAAAUCUCUUAUGGCACCUUGGAUAGUGGAUCGACAAUGACCUUCUUUCGGGACUCCAUGAUAGAAACUUACAAGAAAAUGUGGAGAAUUAUGGACAAUAAGAGACCGCAGUCAUUUACAUCGACCUAUGAGGAUGGCAUUAGACGUGUCAACCAGGGAAACUAUGCCUUCCUAAUGGAGUCAACAAUGCUUGACUAUACUGUUCAACGUGAUUGCAAUUUAACACAAAUUGGCGGCUUAUUAGAUACUAAAGGAUAUGGCAUUGCCACGCCAAAGGGUUCGCCAUGGCGGGACAAGAUAUCGUUGGCCAUAUUGGAGCUGCAGGAGAAGGGCGAUAUUCAAAUGUUAUACGAUAAAUGGUGGAAGAAUACGGAUGAAACCUGUACACGGAUCAGCAGCAAUAAGCACUCGAAAGCAAAUGCCUUGGGUCUGGAAAGUAUAGGUGGCGUAUUUGUUGUGUUAAUAACGGGUAUUUUGGUUGCCUUCAUUGUGGCCUUCUUCGAGUUUUUGUUCAACUUUCGGCAACAGGCGAAGACAAUGCGUAUCAAUCACUGCGAUUGCAGAAAUCCAAAUCAUUUGAUUAAUACUCAAGCCGACAAGGAUGUAUCGUAUUUGCCACCGGCACGCUCAUUCUGGGUGGAAAUGUUUGAGGAGCUGCGGUUUGCAUUGUGGUGCACCAAUGAACGACAACGUCCGGAGCUAAGCAGAUGUUGCAGCGAGUGCCAAGAGAAUUGAGAAUUGUAUUGCGACAAUAAAGGAUUAAAAGCUAUCGUUUGAUAUAUA